GCUCAUCUCCUCCAUCCAUGCUCAGAACGACGCAGCAAAGCAAAACCGGGCCGAUUUGACAGAACAGUUCAGAGCGAUACAGAUUGGGCGAGUGACAGGACAAGCGCACUGGUGUAUGAUUGGCUUUCACUGAAUGAACUAUAUUUCACUGGCGUCUUUGCGCAGAUCUUACCAUCUUAUAAGAGCAGAUGCGCACGUAUUUGAUGCGACUUUAGGAAACCAAUUGCCUAGCAGCUAUGGCUUUAUCGUAAGAGACAGAUUUGUAGUACAUCUAUAGAGAAUCAGCUUUGAGUGUUACAUUGGAGAUUCUGUCAAAACCCUGCAUGACUUUACUGGGGCUCAACAUGACGACCGCAGCAGACACGAACAACACAGGUGGGGUGAUAUCAUACAUUGGAUCAUGUGGAGGCUCUCCCAACCGUACCAGCCCUGUGUCUAUGUACAGUGAGAAUUCUAACAGCAGUAUGCAGUCCCUUACACAACCCUGCUUCGGAUCAUCAUUCCCACCAUCCCCUAAUGGAUCUCAUGAUUCCUCACGGAUGUACACCAGUAGCAGCAGCAGCAGCUCGAGUUCAGGAUCAGGAGAGGACGGAAACUCAUCAUGCUCUGGUGGAUCGCCGAGAGGCCGUGAUGAUGGUGGAAGCGCACGCAAUUCACCCAACAAAUCAGUUGCCACCCUUACUAAGCUGAACGGAAUGGUGUUGCUGUGCAAGGUGUGUGGCGAUGUGGCUUCUGGAUUUCACUACGGUGUCCAUGCCUGUGAGGGCUGCAAGGGUUUCUUUCGACGCAGCAUCCAGCAGAACAUCCAGUACAAAAAGUGCCUCAAGAAUGAAACUUGUACCAUUAUGCGGAUCAACCGGAAUCGGUGUCAGCAGUGCCGUUUCAAAAAGUGUCUGUCAGUGGGCAUGUCCCGAGAUGCUGUUCGUUUUGGCCGCAUCCCAAAGCGUGAGAAGCAGCGGAUGCUUGCGGAGAUGCAGAACGCCAUGAACAACAUGGUGAACAACCAGCUGCAGAAUGAAUUCCAGCUGGCGAGCAUUACCUCCAACACCCCCUGCUCUUCUUCUUCUUCAUCAUCAUCCAACACCUCCUCUUCUUCCUCAUCUCCGUGUCCAGGCCUUACAGUGGGGCCACAGCCCCAGCCCCCAGCAGUGCCCAUAGCACAAUCCCCAUCCUCACCGGCUCCAACCUCCCCAACAGUCCAACUGGCUCAAAGUCCUCCACCUCUUACCUCUACUCCACCACCAUGCACUAGUCCAGGGGUAGACAAAACCAUUGCCGCGAUAACCAGAGCACACCGUGAGACCUUCAUCUAUGCUCAUGAUAAACUAGGUUCACCACUCCUGCCUCACAAUGGCGAAUUAGACAACCGAAGCAACAACCGCUGCAUGGCUGGAUAUCAUCUCAACGGCCAUAACACAAUCUACCACCAUGACAACAACGUUGCUCAUCACUGCAACAACUUUGAGGUGCAACAAGACAACAGCCUCCAUUUUCAAGCAUCCCACACACCUGAAAAACAUCAGCAGCACAACAACAACAGCCAGCGACCUCCAAACAGUAACUUUUAUAGCAUUCACCAUGGACAAGAGAUGAACAGCGCAUCCCAGGGUCAGAACUGUCCGUGGAAAAAACGCAAGGAGAUUCUUCUGGCUUGUCCCAUGAACAUGCACCCUUACUCAGACCCAAAUAAAACACCCCAGGAAAUUUGGGAAGACUUCUCUCUUAGCUUCACUCCAGCGGUACGAGAAGUGGUUGAGUUUGCCAAACACAUCCCAGGGUUUAGCACGCUAUCCCAGAAUGACCAAGUCACUUUGCUAAAGGCUGGAACAUUUGAGGUCCUCAUGGUACGCUUCUCCUCUCUGUUCAACGUAAAAGAGAAGACCGUCACAUUCAUCUCAGGCGCCACCUAUAGCCUGGAAGCCCUGAAAAGCAUGGGCAUGGGCGAUCUGCUGGGAACCAUGUUUGACUUCAGCGAAAAACUCAAUGCAUUAGAGCUCUCAGCAGAAGAACUGGGUCUCUUUACUGCGGUCGUUCUGGUGUCUGCAGAUCGUUCUGGCAUUGAAAAUGUAAAUUCAGUCGAGAUGCUUCAGGAGAGUCUAAUCCGGGCUCUCCGAACCCUCGUCAGCAAGAGCGCCCCUACUGACGCUUCUCGAUUCACCAAGCUGCUGCUCAAACUUCCUGACCUGCGCACUCUUAACAACAUGCACUCAGAAAAGCUGCUGUCUUUCCGCAUUGAUGCCUGAGGUUGCAAACUGUGAAAACCCAGUGAAAGUGGGUCAUCGCUGUUUGAAAUAUAAAAGGGUACAGACAUUAGAACCCUUUUAGCAAAGCAAACUGAUGCCUUUGGCAGUGUAAAGCACUUGAUGACACAUUUGAAGAGACACUUCGGUGCAUAUUGGUCAGCCAGUGGCCUUUAUGAGUAAAAUAACCAUAUAAAAGGGUCUUUGAGCCACUCUUCAUGUCAGUACUUGAAAUUGGUGGCAAAGACAAAGCUAAUAAUAAAGCAGGCAAAAACAUUUGGACUGCAUCUGCAUAGGGAACACGUGCAAAAUGCCUUUUGUGAAGAGUCACAAACAGGCCAGGGGGGUCUCCAAGCCACUUCCAGAGCAGAAACGACUAAAGCAGAAUGUCAAAUGUCUCCUUAAACCCAGUCUGGCCUGGGUUUCUGCAGAGUCAGAGAUUAAACAGUCAUUUCAACUAUAAUGCAGAUGACAAUAUACAUGGUAUAUUCUCAUCCCUUGGACUUUGUAAAUUGUGUAAAUAUGAUAUAUACAUUAAAUGUUUUAAAAUGUAUAAUAUAUAUAUAUUUUUUUGUAAAGUUCACAUUCAAUACAAAGUA